AUGGAGAAAAAGAAAGUGUCAUUCAACAUACAGACUGCGGAAUGUGGAUGGUGCUCCGAUUCUCACCCAAACGUUUCUGAGGGCAGUGCCACAAAUGGUCUAAACGCAACAUGGACACGGGAUGCUGUUGUUUUCUGCAAAACAUGUGGCACCUUUAUCUGCGCGACGUGCCAACGUACUCACAGGAGACUCGUGGUAAUGAAACAGCACCACGUGGUCAACCGAGAUCACGUGGUUAACGAUGUACAUGUAAAUGGAAAGUUCAAAAAUGGUGUACGUGGAGGUAUUUUGACUUUGAACGCAGCACAGGUUGAGGAUGAAGUGGAUCAGUAUGAAAAAGAAAGAUUAAACUUCUUAAAAGAGUUUGCUAGUAAUGUUUUAGAUGAUAAAAGGGUUCACAGUGUCGAGGAUAUAUAUCUUGAAGAGAAAAGUGAUAAAGAGGAUUUAGAACCAACAUAUAAUUUCACAGAGAUGUGUCCAAUCCACAAUGAUGAAUAUAUCAAACAUUUUUGUGAACACCACAAGCAGCUAUGCUGUGAUGUCUGUAAGAUAAGAGACCAUGGUUUUUGCACCAUGAAAAUAAAAUUCAUUCCUGAAGUAGUUGAUGAUGGUGAAAACAACAAAACACCUUUCAAGACUAUAGAUGCACAAAUAAGAAACUUUAAAGAGCAUGAUAAAAGAUUACAAGGUGACCUGAAGGAGCUAAAGAAAUCUCGAGAAUAUUUUCUACAUGAUCUGAAAGAAAAGAAACGGGAAUUGUUACUCUGGAUCAAUCAGAUGGAAGUUCGAGCAAUAAAGCGUCUGGAAGCUGUUUAUGAGCGGUGUAAGUCAGAGAUUGAUAGGAAAAGAAAACAGACCAGAAAAGCUUGCGAAGAACUCAGAGCUGAGUUGUAUUUUCUAAAAGAAAUUCUGAAAAACUCAAUGAAUGAUAGUAUUUACAAGUUUGUCAAGAUCAAGCAAGCAGAAAUUAAAACAGAAAAGUUGAAGAAAAUGAAAGAAACAAGGCAGUUCACAACUAGCAGAUUCAGACUCGGGGUUAAUGAUGAUAUUGAAAAGACUCAGCAGUUGGCAGAUCAGUUGUAUGAAAUAAAGAUUGAAAAGAAAGGCGAAGUGAAGUACAACAUAAGGUUGAAGGAAGACAAAUAUAUGCCAAACAUAACUGGAUGUUCUUUCAUGCCGUCGGGAGAUUUGGCACUUUCAGACCGCAGUAAUGCAAAGGUCAAGGUAUUUGAUUCCCAAUUCAAGUUAAUGUCUCAGUUAGUUCUACCAGAAGGGGUCUAUGACUUGACCAGCAUUAGUGAAAAUGCUCUUGCCGUGACUAGUCUAUUGAAGGGAGUUAUAAACAUCGUUGAAGUCAAACCUGAACCAUCUGUUAUGAAGACAAUAAAGACUGGAAAUGGAUCAUGCUGGGGAGUGAAUCAUCAUGAUGGAAUAUUUGUUGUCAACAUUUCGGUAAAGGACAAUUCGUACAUUCGAGCAGUGGACCUUGACUCAACCGUCAUCUUUCAAGUAGAGUCCAAGCGAACCUUCUACAAUGAAAUUUCUCCGAGCGUUGAUGGAAGCGAGCUUGUUAUUCUUGUAGCAACGUCUUUCACUGAAGGCCAGGAGACCGGUGAAAUGUCGGUUAUUGACGAAUACCGGGACGCGCGUCGGAGCGACAUAGUGGUGCGUGAGUACAACUUCCUGAAGAACCUUCACACGCGCGGUGUGACGUCAGACGGUCAUGGAAACGCUGUCAUCUGUUGCAGGGACGUAGAUCAAGUGUAUACAGUGGCAAAGGAUGGCAGUGCCGUUGAACUUUUGCUAUCAGAAAUGGAUGGUCUGAAGGCGCCACAAGCCAUCUGUUACAAUGCAGACAGGAGCAAGCUUGUAGUUACGUCAGAUAACUCGGAAUUUAUACAGAUGUUUGAGUUUGAAUAG